CAUUUAUCCACGUGCUACUGUCACUGGCGUCAUUUUAUUGUACUUUAUAAAAGAGGUUAAAUUAUAAAAUUCAAAAGAAAUUAUUUUCGAAAGAUUUAAAAUUUAUAUAAUUGGAAAAAUUAUUCUUAACAAAUAUUUAAGUAGAAAUUUCUUUUGGUUAUAAUUUUAUCAACAUGGAGAAUAAAGAACAAUUUGAUGUACUUUUGGGUGGAACACAAUCAUUACCGUAUGAUGUUUCUAUUCUGAAAUUAGCUGCUGCAAGAGCAGGCGAAAUUGCAGCAAUGACUCACGCCAUAGAAAAUCCCCAACAAACAAAACUGGUUUUUCAAAAGCUUCCCAUACAUAUGCGUAGACGAGUUAUGUCACAUAAUGUCAAAAGAUUGCCAAGAAGAUUACGGGAAGCACAUUUAAAUCAAAUGAUCAAGUCUGGUUUACCACCAAAAAGUAAACGGCCUUCGCGUAAAUAUCGCAGACGUCCAUCCAAUUUACUUCUAGAGUACAAUCGAAGACAACGAAAAAAAGCUUGGCUGGAAACUCAUAUUUGGCAUGCAAAACGAUUUCAUAUGGUCGAACAAUGGGGAUAUAGAAUCGCUGAUUUUGCGAAUGAUAAAUGCUUUAAAGCAAAUUACCGUGCCAUUACAAAACAUUGUUUGAUACAAGAUCUUUCUUAUUAUGCUUGUAUUGAAAUAAUUGGACCAGAAAAUAUUUUAAAAGAAACUUUGAAAUCGCAUUGCAAUCCAACUGACUUAACAUUUGGUGCAAAAAUAUACAUUAAUGGUACAAGAGAAGGUACUUUAAUGUUUUUCAAAAAAGAUAGUUAUCCAAUGUCUCCUAUAGGGAAUGUGCAUUUUCUAUGGAAACCUGAUUACUCUGAUCAAAGAACUAUCUGGAUUUGGGUUCAUCCAGCAUUUUAUGAUGAUAUUUUGAUUGAUAUCAGAUCCAGUUUUAAGUUUAAUUUCUGUCAUACUGAAAACGGAGAAUCAACAUCGUUGAAUCAGUUACAAAUUUCUUAUAUCAAUGACAGCAAUUGUCAAAUGAAUUUAUUAAAAGGUACUUUAAAUAGAUUUAGACUCUGUGGUCCGUUGACACUAAAUGUGUUAACAAAUGCAUUUAAAUUACCCAAUAUUAAACAAAAUUUAUCAACAAUCAAUGAAUCAAAAAUGGAUUGUGAAGAUGUUACAGAAGAUAAAAAAGAUCCUUCUAUCAUUGCUAAUACAUGGUAUGAAGAUUAUUACAGCAAUCAAGAGAAUUUCAAAACUUUCGAAAUCCAAGAGAAACUGUGGCAAGCAUUGCAAUCAUUAGAUUCUCCUCAUCAAUUACCACGAAAUAUGGUCUUUGGAUUCACUGUUUUAGAUCCACGAUUUUAUUUACCUGAAAAAAGAACAAAACCACAGAAACAAGUUACAUAUUCUGAAAUAAUACCUAUGCCAUCGGCUCAUUCAAAUGAUAGUCCAAUAUGGGAUAAAAAUAUGCGUGAGAAAAUUAGUAAAUCAUAUCUAUCUACUAGCAUAAUCAACAAAUUAAGAAGCAGCAAUCUAGUUCCUGGUGUAGGCAAUGAUAGUCAUUUCAAAGAAGAUGUAAUUGCAAAAAUUCCUAUACUUGUUAUUCAAAAACCUGGAAAUUGUAAUACAGGUUUAGCUUCUGGUAUUGAUAUCAUUAUACCAUCAGGAUGGGCAAUGGCAUUCUGGCUUGGUUUUAUAUAUCGUUGUACAAGGGUCGGAGCGCUGAGGGAAUCAAGAUCAAUAGUAUUUGAAACUGCUAUUACAAAUUCACCAGAUUUUAAUGAACCCGAUACACCUACUUAUAAAAGGGAAGCUCUUAGUACAAAAGCAAAGUGUAUAGAAAGAUAUUUUCAAUAUCCAUCUAACAGACGAGUUAAUUUUAUAAAACUGGGUAUUUCUAGUCCUUUCUUCUGUGAAUGGCAUAUUUUAAUGAAGGAAUGGUCAGGGAACGAAGAUUUUUAUGUUUUAAGGGAUCGAACUAUAUUGACACAAUUACAAGCAAAUCUUUCUUCCUUUGAAUCAAAGAAAAGGAAAAAUAAACGUAAAAUUCCUGCUUCUAAGAUUGCUUUAGAUGAUGCAUUAAAAUCUAAAAAUUGUUUAAUACGUGUUAGAAUAUCUGUUGUAAAUAAGGGCAAUCCAAAAAUGUUUGGUAUAAUAUGUGUGCCAAGAAAAGAAGAUUUAAGAGAACUUAAAUAUAAUAAAAGUUGGUCAGGACCACUAGAAAAAGUAAAUAAAGAUCCACAUGAAAGUGUACGGAAAAUGUUACGAAAAAAUCAUUUGUCGUUGUUAAAACGAUAUAGAGGACAAAGAGUACGUCAUAAAAAAGCAUUAGAGAAGAAAAUAAGUGAUGCAUUCGAAGAAAAUACAUGCAAUAUAAAUUACAACAUUAAAAUAAAAAAUUUAAGGCGAAACUUAUUAAAUAAAAGCCGUAAAGCUAUAUCAAAACAUUUUCAAAAAAUGUCAAAACUUUAUUUGCCAAAGUGUACAAAAGUACGAAAUUCAUGUAACAGAGAAGUAAUGGGAUAUAUAACACUAGGAAAUUUUUCUUUUACUAAAGCUAAAGGUAUUGGAAUAGGUUAUGUUACAAUACAAUCGGUGAUUGCAAUGAUUGCCAGAAAGACUAAUAUUGUUCUUAUUAGGAAUCAUCGGACAAGACAUUAUAGGAUAGCUCGUUUAGAAAUAUUAUUUAAUUAAUUAAUUAUUA